CUUGCGUCAUAUUCUGUGUGACGUCACGGACAUAUAUAGAUAAUAAAACAUCAAUACCGCUUGGGAUCAGUAGCAGUUUAUGGUUUGGUUUAUUAAAAAGUGCUCAAAGUUUAUUAAAACGCAGAAAUAUGUCUGAGGAAAACAUCUUCCUGUUCGUUCCAAACAUAAUUGGAUAUGGGAGGAUAAUCUUAGCCCUAAUAUCCUUUUACUACAUGCCAACGAACUGUGCAGUUGCAAUCUUCUGCUACAUCACUUCAGCCCUUCUCGACGCCUUCGAUGGACAUGCUGCAAGAUAUUUCAAUCAGAGCACCAAAUUCGGUGCUAUCUUGGAUCAAUUGACUGACAGAUGUGGGACAAUGUGUCUUUGCGCUGUCUUAGCCCACUUCUAUCCCGACUACAUGUUCUUCUUCCUGUUGAGCAUGACAAUCGAUAUUGCCUGCCAUUGGAUCUACUUGCAUACAACAACUUUGCAAGGAAAGACCAGCCACAAGUUCAUCGAUAUGUCUGAGAAUAGGAUCAUGCAUUUGUACUACACGGAUAGAACCACGUUGUUUGCGAUGUGCGCCGGAAAUGAAAUGUUCUAUGCUGCAAUGUAUAUGCAUCACUUCAAUAGCGAACUGACAAUAGUGGGAAUUCCUCUAUUCUUAGCGAUCGCCUACAUAUCUGCACCAAUUGCGAUCGUGAAGAGCGGCAUUUCUCUCCUGCAUCUUGUAGUCGCCUGCAAAAAUCUUUCAAUCAUUGACGUCAAUGAAAGGAAAAAACUCGUCGAAAAAGUUCAUUGAAUUGAUUGAUUUAAUGUAAAAAAAAGAAAUUUUACACUCGGUGUCGUUUUAAACAAAAAUAUAUUUCCUCGUUUCGUUGUGAUAGUAAGAAAAAAUUUCCAAAUAUAUAUAUAUAAAAUAUAUAACAUAGCAAAUGUAAAAACCGUGACAAGGUUGAGUUAAUGCCAAAUCUAGAAUCCUUUGCAUAUAUUAAUCUAAUUUAUUAAACACUGUAUGUUAUUAAAAUAUUAAAAAAAAACAAAAACGGUUUUUGUCUUCUGUCUUCUUCAAAUGUAACACGAUCAUUAAAAACUUACAUAAGAAUCGUCGUAAAA